UAGCACCAAGCAAUCAAUAAAAUCCAUAUAGCUUUUCUCUCUAUCAUGUAGUUGGUUUAAUCCUAACUUUCAACUUGUUGCCUCAUGUAUGUAUUGUGUUCAGUCAGAGUCUUGGGAGUGCCCUCUCUGUGACAGAAGGUAUUUAGUUCCGACUGUGAUUUCUGAUCGCCGCCGCUCUUUGAGAUCUGCUACGAAGCUUACUGAAACUGGAAUAACAUCUUUGUCAAGAUAUUUACAACCUCAGAAAUCAAGAGGACAAUCUUCUUCCACUGAUGACAUCCAACUGCUUGAUGAUCCAGCCAACACUAUCAAUUCUGUAUGAAAUGAAUAUAUAUUCUUCAUAACUUCUAUGCGAUGUUACAUUUUUUAGUAUAUCUCUAAUAACAACAUUCAUAGGCAUGCAUCUAUGAGUACUAGUUUUUCUACCAUUGAACAGAAUAACUAUACAUAAAUAAAAUUGUUAAUUGUUAAUUCUAUCUACUAUGAAACUUGGUGCAGGCAUAUCAAGUUCCAGAAGGUUCUCUUGUAGAAUCCCCUUCAAGAUAUGUAGUACAAGUUGCUCAUUCUCUCACCUUGGAACCAGAAAUGGGACAUAAAGAAGCUGAAAAUGUUGGAAAUUCAAAGGCUGGUAUACCAGAGAUGAUCGAGGAAGUAGGUGAGGUUGAUAAAUCAUUCAAAUCAAAUGGUUGGACAGGAUGCAUUUGAAGAAACAAGUUUGAGGAAAUGAGAAACAAGAGUCAUAUGAAGUCUGUUUCAAUGGCUGGAUGUUCUUCCCCAUCUUCCAGCCUCUAACUGACUGAAAUGGUUACCAUGGUAGGUGAUGAAGAUGAUGAGGUUGAUUUUGUGUGGCCUAAAGACACAUGUGGAUACAGAGUAAAGCCAGAAUUCAUGCCUGUAUUAAGAAAAAUUAUUGGAAAACAUGGAAAUAUUGUUAAGAAUUGUCCGGCGUUGACAGUGAAAUAUCGUUCAAUGCUGGAGAGGAUAUGUGAAAUCAUAUCAGAGUUGGAGAAAAAAGAUGGUACUAAAAUCAGAGAAGGUACCUUGAGAUGUAAGAUUGGUGUUGUUAAUGAAAUAAAAAAUAUGGAAGUGGAAGUUGAAUGGUUUCACACGAGGCUAGCUGAAAUACUUGAGGCAAGAACAAAAUUUCAGCAGUUUGGCAUGAAGAAAGAUAAAACAGAUAACAAUAGAAAGACCAUUGAAAUUGCUAAAAGUGCAUGAGAAGAAUGUGGAGCAGAGAAGGAAGUGUCAGAAAAGCUCUGAGCAAUAUGCGAAAGGGAAACUGUUUGUAAAGAAACAUUGGCUAGAGUGGAAGAUGAGUCUACCAGAAUAUCUCAAACAGUCAAAUAUGCUAAAUCUAAAUUCAGACGCUUUCUUAAUUGCUCAUUGGAUGGUUUGCUUUAGUGAUGCAGUUUCGUCUCCCUUUUUUCUGUUUUAUUCCUUCAUGGUAUUGUUUUAAGUUGACUGUUUUUCAUUGCUUAAAUCUUUUGUUAGACUGUGUUGUUUCCAACUCAUGCAUAACUUGCACAAUUUCACAUGAAAUUUGGUUGGAUGUGUUGCAGUAUAGAAAAGUACAUAUGCAUGGUGGAUGAACUUCCAUUUGAAUGAAUGUGCUUUUUAUAGGUUUGCUUCUUCGGUGACCUGAGUGAUCAUUAAAA